UUGCACUGCGUAGGCAAAAUAGUUUAGUUGCGUCUGUUUUUAUUUAAGUUGUAAUGUUGCCGAAAACGCCGAAAGCACCUAGUAUUUGGAGAUUCGUUAAAGGAAGCGCCAAAACACUAUUUGUAUUGGAGGCUAUUGGAUUUGCAGCAUCAUACGGUGUUUAUUAUCGCAUGAACACAAAUAGAGAGUUUCGUCAGUACAUCAACGAGAACUAUCCGUUUGUGCUCGAUUACUACUACAAGAUCGGCGAGCUAGUUGGCGAUAGCAAAGCACGUCAGGCAGACGCCAACUAUUGGAGCAGCACUGCAGUUAAGAGAAGCGAAUAGAUCUUUGGCAUUUCGCCGCCCCCGCCCUAAU